AUGUGGUUAUCUAUUCUACCUUUGUUGUUAACAUAUAUAUUUUCUUCUAAUUUGCUAGGAGGGGGGGGGGGGGGUGGCUACAAACUUGUAUUAGAGCCAUAG